AUGUCUUUCUCCCGCCACGCUCUCAACUUUUCGCCUGAUGCGACAGCUACUAACGGCGUACAGGAAUACGAUGCGAUGGCAAGUUUCCCUAAGAGGGGUCCGAAACGGGGACACGGGAGGGUAAUCAAUGAGCUGCGCGCCAAGGAGUCGUCACAAAAGCAGCAGCACCAAAAUCAGCAACAAGUCCAGAGACCUUUCAACGCAGAAAAUGCGCUCGAGAGCCCUACAGAGUAUGUGCGGCGUCGCUUAUCAGCAGCCUGCCCGCCGCUGAACGUGGACAGCGUCGACAUUGGAAUGAGCGGAAGCGAUUUGGGUGAAGCCGCCUCACAGCACUCCUCAAACGCGUCGGCGGCAUCGACUCCGCCGAGCUUCUGGGCCGCCGUCACUUCGAAUCCCGCGCAUAGCAACGUACCGGAACCCAGGGGUAUUUUCUCGAGCGAUGAACUACGGCCAAGAACCCGCAACUAUUUUCAGAUGAUCCCUCAGCUGGUUGAACUGUAUUAUGAGCACAUAUACCCGAUCAUGCCGCUCAUCUACAUGCCCGCGAUUCGCGAGACGAUCAGCCGACCAAACAUGACGCCGAGCGAGAGAAACCUCAUCUAUGCGAUGUGUGCCCUCACCUCGAUGCACAUGUCCGGCAAGAGCAUAGGCGCACCAGGCCCAACAUCGUGGGAGGUUGUAGGUCGGUUCUUUCUGGACGAGACCAUAUCCACGAGGCAGUCUUACGACUUCCUCGAAGACCUGUCACUAUCCGCCGUGAUUUCGUCGUUUUAUUUAAGCACAUCCUUCUUUGAGAUCAAUCAAUCGCGGAAAUCAUGGUACUACUUGCGGGAGGCGUUGACGAACGCACAGGAUCUAGGAUUGCAGGAUGAUUCGACGUACUACGGGCUUAGCCGCGAGGAAACAUUAUGUCGGCAAAGGGUCUUUUGGAUUUUGUUUGUCACAGAGAGGUCUUUUGCGAUCCUACGCAACAAACCGAUCACGUUCAAAAGAACGCCUUCCCUACCUACCACUCGACAUCCUUACGAGGGACCAGACAUCCAUGCUGGAUUUCUGCAGCUCGUUUCAUCAUACACUCCUCUCGACGAAUCGUUCGUGACGGCGUGGAACGAGGGGUCUGAUCCCCGCGUCAGCGCGACAACUUUUUUGGCGUUGCAAAACCUUCUCUCCCUCCCACCCGCUUUCCUCCGACCGCGGAACGCGCGGGGGUCUCCGCCGUCUGGUCAACAGCAGUUUGUAGGCUCAUUCGGUGCGGCAUCGGCCGGCCGAGAUGCAGGCGGCCCGGAGCCGACGGACAUUCAAAAAGCAGAUCUUCUGAUAACGCAACAAUGGUUAAGACUGAUUGUAUGGCAAUCCUCAAUGCGGCAGGGCUUGUUGAGCUGGACCAACCCGGCCGACUCAGGAGGCGGGGUGUCGUCAGGAAGCGGCGUUGGAGGAGGGAACAGCAUGUGCUUUUCUUUCCCCCUUACCGUAGCUCGCGACACGGCGUCAAUCCUAGCGAGUCUGCCAAGCAAGGCCGUCGAAGUGCACGGCAUGGGCAUCAUGGAGAAGAUUUUCGAGAUCGGAACGUGGUGUGUCAACGUCCUAGGAGCGUGCGAAAGCGUAGGGUUCACAACAGCAAUGGACUUCACCUCGGGCGAGAUGGGAGUACUGGGUAGCGGGCGAAAAGGGGCGAGUUUAGACCCCAUCGAGUUCUUCAUCAAAACGCUCAGCGCCAGCGACAACUCUAGGAAGCAAUUCGCUGAAAAGCUUCUAACGGCCGCCGGUGAGAACCCGGGCAGCAUGAGGACCCAGCUCAGUCCGGCCAUGUCAAUGGCAGGUUCUGUUGCAGCCGCGAUGAUGCACGCUAGCCAAGCUCAGGGGCAAGGGCAUGGCGUCAUGGACUCUUCCGGAUGGGGCCAGCCGAGAGGUAGUGUUGUUGGAGAGGUGUUCGACGAAAACGAGGAAAACAACGGCAAUCAGCCGGUCCUCGACCUCGGCGGCCCUUCGAUGCAUCACCACCAGCCUAAUAUGCAAGGAAUGGGGCUUGGCAUAGACUUGAGCGGAGGAGACAUGGGAGUUGAUAUGGACGCCAGCAGUGUCGACCUCAUGAGUCCGCUGGGCCUUACCAGAAGCAACUCUGACAUGACGGCGACCAUGGGCAUGCCGGGCUUUGAGACAGCCUGGAGCCCUGGCAGUGGCGGCACCGGCCCUCGGGACGGAUAUCCCGAUCAGGGACCGCCGGGAUCUUUCGUACCUCACCGAGAAGGAUACCCGGAUAUGGGCAACGGAAUGAUGAUGCAUGACCGCAUGGCAACCCGCGGGGGUCCUGUGGGAGGCCCCAUUCCGGGGCCUAGCGGUGCUGACGAUUCUGGCAUGGGUGAACGACAGCAGCAACAACAGCCGGGGCAAGGAGAUAAUACCUCAUAUGAUGGAAGGAAAAGGGGGGAUAAGGGCGGUGGAUACCGGAACGGCGGCAUGGUCGGUGUUUGGUAA